AUGGGAGUCGACCUAUCCCCGCCUUCUCGCUCUCACAUACACUGUCUUAAUCCCACCACCAUUACCACUCCUUUUCAUAGCAGAUCAAAGCACCACUCUUUCCUUUUCAAUCCCUUUACUAAAUCCUUGCAAACCCAUCUUCCAAAACCAGCGAAUUUCUCCAUGUAUCAGGCUUUGAAAUGCAGCGGAGUUGAAGAAAUGGAGACCCAUAAAAGAAAUUCUAUGAGCCUUAUCUUUGAUCAUCACAAAAUUGACAACCAAUUGCUUCAGAAAAUGGAAUAUGAUGCCCUCGUAUGGAGUUCCCUACAUGGGCUUCUUGUUGGGGACACGAAUUCACAGAGAUCAGGAAGAGUGCCUGGUGUGGGCAUGAUUCAUGCGCCAUUUUCUUUGUUGCCAAUGCCGUUUCCUGAAAGUCAUUGGAAACAAGCUUGCCAAAUAGCUCCCAUUUUCAAUGAACUUGUGGAUCGUGUGAGUUUGGAUGGAAAAUUCCUACAGGACUCGCUAUCCAGAACCAAGAAAGUGGAUGCUUUUACAUCCAGACUCUUGGAAAUUCAUUCCAAGAUGUUAGAUGCCAACAAAAUAGAGGAAAUACGUUUAGGACUACAUCGUUCAGACUAUAUGCUGGAUGAAGAAACUAAAUUACUUCUCCAAAUAGAGCUCAACACAAUUUCAUCUUCAUUUCCAGGGCUAAGCGGUCUUGUUAGUGAGCUUCACAGGAGCUUACUUCAUCAAUAUAAACAACACCUCGCACUAAAUCCUGAAAGGAUUCCACAAAACAGUGUUGCUACUAAGUUUGCUGAAGCAUUGUCUAAAGCGUGGAGUGAAUAUAAUAACCCAAGGGCAGUAGUUAUGGUUGUGGUACAAACUGAAGAACGAAAUAUGUAUGAUCAACACUGGCUUUGUACAACGUUGAAGGAAAGAUAUCAAGUUACAAGUAUUAGAAAGACUUUGGCAGAAAUUGAUGCGCUUGGGGAGCUUCUGCCAGAUGGAACACUUGUUGUGGAUGGUGUAGCAGUUGCAGUAGUAUAUUUUAGAGCUGGGUAUGCACCAAGUGAUUAUCCUUCAGAAUCAGAAUGGAGAGCUAGGCUACUGAUGGAGCAGUCAUCGGCAAUAAAGUGCCCUUCAAUUGCGUAUCAUUUAGCUGGCACCAAGAAGAUUCAACAAGAGCUUGCCAAACCCAAUGUCCUUGAAAGAUUUCUUGAAAACAAAGAUGAUAUUGCCAAAGUACGAAAAUGCUUUGCUGGAUUAUGGAGUUUGGAGGACUCCAACAUCGUUAAUGAUGCUAUUGAGAAACCCGGAUUAUAUGUGAUGAAGCCCCAAAGAGAAGGAGGAGGGAACAAUAUCUAUGGUGAUGAUGUGAGAGAAACCCUACUUAGAAUAGAAAAGGAAGGCUCAGACGAAAAUGCUGCUUACAUUCUUAUGCAGAGAAUUUUUCCUACCCUUUCUCCUGCAAUUCUAAUGCAACAAGGCAUUUCUCGAAAAGAUCAUGUCAUAUCAGAACUUGGCGUAUAUGCAGCAUAUUUAAGGAACAAGACGAAGGUGAUAAUAAAUGAGGAAUGUGGUUACUUGUUGCGGACGAAGGUGUCUUCCUCAAACGAAGGCGGAGUUGUUGCUGGCUUCGGUGUUUUAGAUAGCAUCUAUUUAGUUUAA